GAAGUGUUGUUGAGCAAAACCAUCAAAUAACGUCGUGCCAGUUGUAGAGCUCUGCUGAAGGAAGCGAAGACGCAUGCUCUGUCUCCAGCUCACCUUCACGAGGCUGGAGAAGAGUAAAACCACCUACGGCAGAUUUGUGCCAUUCAUCACGACUUUCAUGGAGCUCCUUCGCGAAGGCACCCUCCAAACUAGAACCUGUAGAGCUGUACAGGAUACGAGAGGAUCUUAUCUUCGCCAUGAAGCAAGAACGACAGAGUCCUGCUCUUUGCGCGUUUGAAUUAGUCUUCACCCCGGUGACCCCACGAUCUGGAUCGCCCUUGUUCUGUUGUGAUGCCAUUGAAGACUUCGCUGCUUGGGAAAGCUACCAUCUUCCAGCAGGCUAUAAGGGCGAGGACUUCGGGAGCUGGAGGCAGACGAGUCAUCCUGCACGGGACUUGUCCUACUUCGACCGGCUGGACAUUUGACAGAGGCGAGCAGAGGGUUUCGGGUUGUUCUGGCAGCGACUACCGUCAAGAAGACAGGUGUUAGAAUUCGUCAAGCGCGAUGGUUUCGUCCCCCGUUUUUAGCGUAAUUCUUUUCGCAACAUUACUAUUUUCCUUCUCCGGCAGCUAUGCGUUCGGUCCGAGUCACAGUCCUCCGAGUCUGCUCGUGAACUUCGAAUUCGAGAACCGAGUGCCCCCAAAUAACACCGUGGUGGUGUCUGCGACACCCUCGGGCAAUUUGAGCGUCUCGGAAUUCGGUACCGUCAGGGUGGUCACGAAUGUCAUCCGGCAGUCACUCAACCAAGACUCCAAGGUACUCGGGAAGGUGGUCGGACUAGUGAACUCUUUGAAAGACGGAUCCAUCUACCUCACUUUCGAUUUCGUGUACGAGACCCGACGGCUAAACGGGACCAUCGGGAUGCAAGGACGCUUGAAUGCACAGGGUAAUGGAGAGCUGGAAGUCACCGGGGGAACAGGGACUUUCCGAUUCGCUCGAGGUUAUUGCAUCACGACGACCCAGCCGACCGAGGAUCCAUCAAAACUGGCAAUCUUCAAAAAUGUUAUCCAUUUGAGGUACUGAAGCUAGAUCAGCCGGCAAGGCUACAACGUGCGUAGAGGAGAACGGGUUGAUCACUGCUGUCAACUCACUGUCGAUAGGCUAUCGUUGUUAUAAGCAAUGGGACUACCUUCACGCCAAUAUUGCAAUAAAUAAUGACCUUCAGAGCCGAGAUUUACAGUUGAGCAGUUCCAGAGAUUUACAGAGCGGUGCAAGAGCAAGAGAAAGAGCAUCGCAAUUUCUUCCACGAGAUAUUCUCCUGGCAAGGGAUCCUGAGUUUGAGGGGUCCUCGUGUGAAAUCAUGGGACCUAUUCACAGAGUCUGCUUGGACUCUGCUGCCAAAGGAAUGAGGACAUAGAAUCGGGGCUGGAGUCCCAUCAUCAGCGGUAGCAGCAGCAGCUUUGCCUCCAGGGAUUCGAAGGCUUUAACAACGUUGACGUCGUGCAAAAAUGCUGUACGUCUUUCGACCUUCAAUUAUCUCGUGUAUCUCGGAAGCUUUGCCUGGUCGAGAUCAUGGCGGUAUUCAGUAUCGUGUAUACAGUGGAGACUGGCUAUGUGAAAUUCAUCUGGGGAACAUCCAUGGCUCCUUGUAUAGAUGAUUGACAUACAUACAGGGCACAGAGUUUUCAGCUAGUGAAAGAUUAUACUUAUCCAUUGUUGAAAUGGAUGAGUGGAAAACAAAUCUUGUAAUAACAGUGAUUGGAAGACUUUACACACGGUUGGUUGAAUGUAAAUCUGAAGUUGCGGGUAGCCUUGUCUGUCGAGGGUUUUUUCCGCGUGAUUAGUAUCAUCAUUCUUGUCCAGAUUGUAUUUUUUGUCUGUGAAUACGUGCAAAUAUCGAGGGAUUGCACUUUUAUGUUUGAAGAUGCAGCAAUAAAGUUUAUGAUAUAUUUGUC